CCAUCCCCAAAGCUCCCCUCCUUGGGGAGGGCUGCAGCCGACUCAUGCGGCCAUGCGCUGCGCGUCCUGCGGCCGCGAAGACCCCCCCGCGCGGUGCAGCCGAUGCCUGUCCGCGUGGUUCUGCGGGCCCGAGUGUCAGAGGGCGGCCUGGCGAGAGCACAGGCCCCUUUGCAAGCUCAGCGACUCGAAAGCCGGACAAGCCGAGGGUGAGAGGUCUUUCCUGUGGGGCGAGGCGUCUGACACACUGCUGCACGCUGUGCCUUGGAAGGUGUCAGAGAAGCCUUUGGAGAGAGUCGAGGCCUUAACGCGGUCCCAGCAGCACCUCGACGCCUUGGGCGUCGCCCUCACCGCGCGCCUCGCUCGCUUCGGCGACGAAGAGGCGAGCGACGCAGCCUUGAGACAGGCGGCGGAGGCUCUGUGGAAGCGAUGCCAAUGGGAACCGCACCCAAAGGAGAAGCAUGACUACAGCUUGCUGCAUGCGAUCCCCGAGGGCUGUGCCGAAGUCAUCCACCAGGACCCACCUCCAACUUCGUCGCUUCCGCCGCAGACUGGGCCGGUUCCUCCGCGGUAUGAGCCCCAGCUGUGUGGGUCCAGCUGCCCGGUGGUGGAUGCAAAGGGCGGCUUUGGGCCGGAGGUGCGGCGGCAGCUGGCCGCCUACUUCAACCCAAAGGCGCCCCGGCCUUGUAUCAUCAAGAACUUCCCCAUCUUCCAACAAGCCGUGGAGAAGUGGGAUGUGGCUUACCUGGCGCAGCACAUGGGUGACCAGCUGUACCAUACCUUCGCCUCCAGCCAGGAGGAGCGACGCUUCGCGUACGCCUUCGACUGCCGGAACGAGGGCGGCUACGAGCCAGCGCGCAUCGCCGAGGCGUGCAAGAUGACGUUUAAGGACUUCGUGGCCAAGCAGAAGGCCCAGGACGGGAUGGCGUACUAUCUGCAGACCCCGGUGCUGCGCUACGAGGACAACGUCAUCACCUCAGCCAAGUUCGACGAGGCCUUGGAGGCGGACCUGCAUACCAUGGACCGCACUCUGGUGAACCAGCUGGCCGCCAUAGGGAAGUUCGGGCCGCUGAGCCGGAACCAACUCUUCGUGAGCUUCCGGGACUUUCUGACGGCAGUCCACUACGACCAGCAACACAACCUCUACCUUCAGCUCCGGGGCACCAAGAGAUUUUUGCUCUUCGAUGUGGCUUGCGCGCCGGCGCUCUACCCCUACCCGGUGCACCACUCCCUGGAUCGCAAGGCCCGGGUGGACUUGGAGCACCUGGACGCGACUUGGCCCAAGGCUCAGGCCUUGGCCGGGCGCGGUGUGGAGGCGAACCUGGAGCCCGGCGACCUGCUCUUCCUGCCGAUGAGCUGGUUCCACCACGUGCACAGCCUGGCGGAGGAGAACGUGUCAUUGAACUUUUGGUUCUACGACUCGGGGUUCCUCUUUGAGCCCUCAAAGGUGGAGUGGCCUUUGACGCAAAUUUCGCUGCUGGAGCUGUCGCGGCACGUGGAGUACUUCGUGGCGGAGCAGCUGGGCCCCGCUGCCGUGGGGGCCUUUGUUGGCUGGUGGCUCAACGGCCAAAUGGGUCCAGGGGACCCCGUGCUCGGUGAGCGCUGGCGCCUGGUGCGGAACUACCUGCUGCGGCAGCUGCUGCGUCUGCCCCGCACCGCCGCGCGCUUCGUGGUGGCGGCGCUGGACCCCAGGCGCUGGCAAGGCCUUGCCCGGCAAUCGGCGUCGCCUCAAGCCUCCCUGGGGCUCACCGACGAGCACAAGGUCUCCGAGCUGCUGAACGAUUUGAAGGAGCUGUCUCUGGGGGUCUUCCACAGCCGCAUGCCGGCCUGGGCCUACCGCAGCCUGGGCCGCGCCAUUCAGACCAUGCAGCGCCACAAGCUCAGGUUCUUCCUGGAGUGCGCGGAGGAGGUGUUGUGCCUCUUGCGGGACCACACUAAUUGGGGUUCCGGUGUGGCGACGGCUCCGGAGCUCUUCGCGGUGUCGGAGGCGCGGAAGGCCCCGGCGGCGCUGCUGCGCACGCUGCACGAGCUCUGCGACCUCGCGGAGGCGCGGUACGUGCGCGUGACCGUGGUGGACAAUGGGCUCUUCGCCAAUUGGCUGCAGGUCCUGGACGCGGCUUACUUCGCAGAGGUGCCGGUGGACGUGGACUGGGUGAGGACCCAGCAGCAGCGGGAGUUCAACUACGGCCGAGUGGGCGAGGAUGUUUUCCAUGGCCUCUUUGAGCGGAUCCCACUCUCGGAUGCCACGCAGCCGCGCUUCGACGUGACGCACCGCUUCAACUUCCUGCUGGUGAACGUCUUCCGCGGCCACUUCCUUCGAGGCCCCCAGGCCCCGCGCCGGCGCCUCGCCUACGCGGCGGCGGCGAAGUCCCUGCGCCCCCGGGCGGAGGUUCUGGCCCAGCGUGACCGGCUCCUAGCGCGGCGGAAAGAGGCGGAGCCGCUGAUCGGGGUGCACAAGCGCGUGGACAACCCGGGCACGGCGCGGAUGCAGUUGGAGCAGCGCAUGCUCAGCACCCAGGCCUACCUACAGGCGGCGAGGAAGCUGGUGGAGGAGUACUCCGACGGCCGGCCUUUGGUGCUCCUCGCCUCCGACGACGAAGCCGCCGUGGAGACGUUUCGCCAGGCCUUCCAGGAUCGCCUCAUCUUCGCCGGAGACGUGAAGCGGUGCCAGGGCGGGGUCAACGAGCAGAAGCUGCCGCUGGAGGUGCACGGCCAGCAGACUGCCCUGGCCCUGUCGGACGCCAGGGACUGCCUGGUGGACGCGCUGCUGCUCAGCAGCUGCGAUGCCAUGGUGCACGCGGAUUCCAACGUGACUAUCGCGGCGGGGAUCAUGAAUCCCUACAUGCCCGCCUUCCACGUGCGCGACCUGGCGCCAUCAGCGCCGGAGGCAGGCGAGUGGCAGGGCUACAAGCCCUGCCGCCUGCCCUUCUGACGAGUUCCGCGGCAGGCGCAGCCAACGCGAGGUCGACCGGCGAGGUCUUCCGGGAGAUGGAUCAACAUAUGCCUUUGAGAAGGUGGCCAAAGGGGCCAUCAGAUGCGGGAACCGUGCAACGG